CGGGCACCGAGUCGUCUGGCAAGAGAGUGCGGGCACCGAGUCGUCUGGCAAGAGUGCGGGCACCGAGUCGUCUGGCAAGAGUGCGGGCACCGAGUCGUCUGGCAAGGCACUGCGGGCACCGAGUCGUCUGGCAAGAGUGCGGGCACCGAGUCGUCUGGCAAGACUGCGGGCACCGAGUCGUCUGGCAAGACAGCGGGCACCGAGUCGUCUGGCAAGACAGUGGGCUCCGAGUCAACAGGCACGACAGUGGGCACUGGGUCAUCAGGUAUCGGAUUGUCUGGCUUGACAGCGGGCAUCGGGUCACCAGACAUCAGGUCAUUUGGCUUGCCAGCGGGCACCGCGUCAUCUGGCAAGGCAGUGGGCACCGGGUCACCAGGUAUGACAGCGGGCUCUGAGUCAAUUGGCACGACAGCGGGCACUGGAUCAGGUACCGGAUCAUCUGGAUCAACAGCGGGCAUCGAGUCAACUGGC